UAAAUUUAGCCUUUUUUGCGUCUCAUUACUGUGGAUUCGUUAAAUAUUUUUUUUUAGUUUUUUUAAAAAAAAUUGGUUAUGCUGAAAGGAAUUCGAAAAAGCUGCAUUUCGAUUAUAACUCUCUCUGUUGAAUGAUCUUUGUGCAAUUUGUAGUAAAUUUUUGUAACGAAUAUAUGUUAAUUAUAUCACUAUCCUGUUUAAAUACUGAUGAUCGUUGAUUAGUUUGCACAUCGUGGUAGUACACAGUAAUAAAAUGUGUUUGAACCAAUCAAAUGCACGGAAAAUACUAAGAGAAAGGAAUCCAUUUUGUAUAAAUUCUACUCUCCAAUCCGCAAAACCCUAGCAACUUCAGUUCUUUGUUUUUAGCUCGUCACAUACGAAGAGCAACGGGAUAAUAAAAAUGGCAUUCAGCGAUCAAACAGUGUUGCAAUUUUCACCAUCAUCAGCAACCUUAUCAGCUAAAGUUCACCCUUUGGUUAUUUUCAACAUAUUUGAUUGCUAUGUAAGACGACCUGACCAAGUUGAGCGAAUAAUAGGCACUCUUUUAGGGUCUGUAUUGCCUGAUGGCACUGUUGAUAUUCACAAUUCUUAUGCCGUUCCACAUAGCGAGUCUCAAGAUCAGGUUGCACUGGAUAUUGAUUACCAUCAUAACAUGUUGUCGUCUCAUCAGAAGGUGAAUCCAAAGGAAGUGAUUGUUGGAUGGUUUUCUACUGGUUUUGGAGUCUCUGGUGGUAGUGCUUUGAUCCAGGAGUUUUAUUCUAGAGAAACCUCAAAUCCUAUACAUUUGACUGUUGAUACUGGAUUUCAAAACGGGGAAGCUUCUAUAAAAGGCUUUGUCUCUGUGCAUUUGUCUCUUGGAGAUCAGCCACUUGCUGCCCAAUUCCAGGAAAUUCCAUUGGACCUACGCAUGGUUGAAGCUGAAAGGGUUGGAUUUGAUAUGCUCAAGACAACAACCGUGGACAAACUUCCCAAUGAUCUUGAAGGAAUGGAAGCAUCAAUGGGGCGAUUACUUGCUCUGAUUGAUGAUGUCCACAAAUAUGUUGAUGAUGUUGUGGAAGGACGUCUACCCCAGGAUAACAAAACAGGAAGAUUCAUAGCUGAUACUGUGGCUACAAUUCCUAAACUCUCACCUCAAGCCUUUGAUAAGCUUGUGAAUGAUGGUCUUCAGGACCAAUUGCUUUUGCUGUAUUUGGCAAGCCUCACGAGGACUCAACUCAGCUUUGCAGAAAAGUUGAAUACUGCUGCUCAGAUCCUGUGAUUGAUGAUCAUUUCGUCCUCUUGUAAUGCAAGGCCAAAUUUUUGCCCGGGUGACUGAUGUGUAGUCUUACUUUUCACGACACAGCCAAUCCUCUUGAUAGAUGGGGCCUAGGGGUCAUGGGUUUCAAGAAUUAUACAUUAUUAUUGGCAAUGUAGUUUACAUGUCCUUUAUUUGGUGGGGCGUUGGACUUGGACUAGACUGACAAUUUGUAGUGCUAGAGAGGCUCAGAGUACUUAAUAGUUUAGAGGUCAUAGGCGUAAGGAUACAGCAUGCAUCCAUCUUUUUGUAGUUGGCUUUCAUCGCAUUAAGCUCAGUAAUAGUAGUUAAAUGACUUCUAGUGAUGGCUAUAUUUAUCCUUGGAAUCUACUUAUUAACGGAAAUUUCCAGUACCUUUGAUAGCUCCAA